AACAUCAAAGCACAAGAGCAAGACCACCCACAAUACGUGAACACCCACUACGAAACAACAUCAUCCGCAAGCAAAAGCCCUUGACGUUAUCAUGUAAAGCGGAUGGGGAACCGAUUCCCGUAAUUGAAUGGUACAAAGACAACGAAUUGGUUCAUAAAUCACCGAAUUACAUUUUUCUGGGAAACGGUGACCUUUUCAUAUUGAAAGUAACCAACGACAAGAAAGAAAAGAACACCGGUGUGUAUCACUGCGUCGCCUCGAACGAACAUGGACGGGCCCGAAGUCACAACGCCACCGUUGAGAUCGCCUCCAUUCGAGAUGAAUUUCGAAUUCUGCCCAAAAACGUUUGGGUAGCGGUUGGCGAAAUGGCGGUGCUUGAAUGCUCACCCCCUCGUGGCUAUCCUGAGCCUGAAGUGAAGUGGAAAAAGGAUGGCGAGUUUGUGUCGAUUGAAGCUCGUUUUCGCUUAUCCGCCGGCAAUCUGAUCAUAGCUGACGUUCAGCCUGAAGAUGCUGGCCGCUAUCAGUGCCUGGCCCAAAAUUUGGGUGGCGCACGAGAGUCUCCGCCAGCGCAGCUAAACGUGCGAGCUCGUCCAAACUUCUUGAUUGAACCAAAAGACAUUCGGGCUAAUGUAAACGGUGUUGCUCGGUUUGAGUGCGUUGCUACUGGAAAUCCACGGCCUUCGGUUUUCUGGACUAAGGAAGGCAAUCAAAUUUUAAUGUUUCCAGACAACAAAUACGGGCGAUUUUCUGUUACCUCUGAUGGAUCACUACUAGUAUCUUCAGUUAAAAGAGAAGAUGUGGGCUUUUACAUAUGUUCAGCUUUAUCAGUUGUUGGAUCGUCCACUGCAAAAGCAUUUCUCAAUGUCAGCUCAUCUGCCGAUAUACCUCCACCUUUGAUAAUUCUUGGACCAAUAAAUCAAACGCUAGCUCAGGGAACCCGAGCUGUGUUACCUUGUGAAGUCGCCGGCACACCGAUGCCUUCUCUAAAAUGGACUUUAAACGGUAGUCCAGCUCCCUUAAGCAAUCCACGAUUCACCUUGCUUGACUCUGGAACACUGCAAAUUGAUGAUUUGCAGUUAUCCGACUCUGGCAUCUACCAGUGCGCUAUCCAUUCUGAAAAUGGUCAGUCGAGCUGGUCGGCGACACUGCGAGUCGCACCGGCCCACAGCACCAAUACAAUGUUCCAUCGAAUGCCAGACCCGUCUACCUUUCCAAACGCACCCAGUCGCCCGAGCAUUGUGAACAGCACCGAGUCUUCAAUCACCAUUUCAUGGCGCCGAGUAGGUCGCGACGGAGCUUCUCCUGUCAUCGCCACCAUUAUCGAGUACUUCAGUCCUGAUCAUCACAAUGAGUGGUUGAGAGUGGCUCAGCCAGUCACUGGAGAGGUUCACACUGUUCAUGGUCUGAAGAGUGGAUCCCGAUACUACUUUAUUGUUAGGGCUCAAAACAGUCACGGCAUCGGCCCGCCAAGCGCCAUUUCCAAUGAAGCCCGAACUCUAGGCUCUCAUGAAGUGGAUGUUCCUGUUUCCAGUAAUCUUGUGGACUCCAUUGAGGCACGACACAAACUGGAAAAUGUUGUAGUGGAGUUGAAGGACGUCCGCGCCAUUAACUCUUCAAUGGUGAAGCUCUUUUGGGAAGUUAGAGGAAAUCAGGAGUUUGUUGAAGGAUUUUACAUUCGCUACAGAGCCGUCGAUCCGGAUAACUUUGCUUCGGAUGAAAACACUUACAACAUGGUAACUGUCUACAAUGGCGGUGCCACCACAUAUCUGCUGACAAACUUGCCGAAAUACAACAUUUUUGAGUUUUUUGUUGUGCCCUUCUACAAGUCGAUUGACGGAAAGCCCAGCAAUACUCGAAUUGUGCGCACUUUGGAGGACGUCCCAUCGGCGCCUCCAAACUCCAUCAAAGCACAGCCAGUCACUUCGUCCAGUGCUUUGGUCAGCUGGCAGCCACCACCGCCGGAGCACCUCAAUGGAAUGCUGCUGGGCUACAAGCUUUUUGUGCAGGGCACCUACACUCCGUACAAUAUCAACUUAACCAUCAAUGCCAACACCACUUCAUACUUGUUGCGCAAUCUAAGCUCGGAAACUGAAUAUGUCAUUCAAAUUCUUGCUUUCACUACAAUGGGCAAUGGUCCGCCUUCAUCUCCACUCACCUUUAUCAUGGAUCCUCUUCUCUCUGAUCUAGCCGGCGUUGGCUUUGACGCCACUAACAUGUCAAAUGUUUGGAUUUGCGUUCUCAUCAUCACGCUGAUCAUUCUCAGUUUGAUUGUACUUCUUCUGGGAGUUCUGCUCUACAAGAAACGCAACUCCAUUUUAAAGAAAGGCAACGAUGGACUUACUAUCAAUCGUGAAAUGAAGUCACAGAACAGUAGCCUGUACCCCAGUCAGUGGCAGUACAGCUGGAAAACCAGCUCUCGUCAGCCAAUGGACGCAAAGCAGAUUACUGGCAUCAACAACACUCUCAAAAUAUCGUCCAGUUUUCAUCCUUCAGAUCAGAACGGCUACUCAACAGUGACCACCGAUGAACAGGCAGCUGACUACGCUGAAGUCUCUCAGACUGACAAUAACUAUGAGACCGCUUACUACGCCUCUUCAAAUGGCAUUGCAAGUGAUUCUCCCGUAGCCUACGCUUCAUCAAGCAUUAUUUCGGCAAAGAACAACGCCUACAACACCACCAAUGUUUCAGCUUGGCCCAAUGCUGGUCACAACUGGACGACUCAGAUUGGUACCAAAGCGAGGCAUCCCUUUUCUACCAUUGAUCGAAAUGGCAUCAAUCAACUUUACUACGCUGAUCGAAGCAAAAAAGGUGCCGAUUUAAAUUCUUUCUCUAAAAACCAUGUCAGUGCAGGUGGGGUGACAGUGAACCAGCAACAAGUACAACCGCUGAUCGGACCAACCAAUGAUUACGAAGAUGCAAACUUUUACGCAGAUUCUUCGGUCUACAGCACCAAUGUCACUCAGAUACCUCCUUCAAAGCUGAUCACAAAUCAGUACAAAUAUGGAUCUCUUUCUCGAGCCAGUCCAAAGGCAAAUCAUUCAAAUCAGUCUCAGUUAAACUCACUUGCUGGUGAUUGUUAUGGCAAAAAAAAAUCACCGUUUGAAUGGGAAUCAAGUCGCGACUCUUCUUUUGCACUAAUCGGUCAGCCGUCUCCUCGAAGCACACUCAAUCGAAACACCAAAAGUCGCGUUCAGAUGGAGAUUGAGGCAACUUAUAAACCGUCUGCUCAACGACAUAUCAUUUCAAAUCCGCUGAUUGAAAGGCAUGCCAACUUUCGCUCACCUUCUUAUGGUGACAGUUUAGACGAAGCAAGUCGAGUUGCUGGCAAAGGCCCAGUGCACUAUUUCACGCUAAAGGACAAGGCACAGUUCAACAAAGCCGCCGAGCCGGCCAUCAAUACUCUCACUAGCUGUGAUAACGAAUCUGGCUACCAAGAAUUGCCAUAG